ACGUUCUUACUGCUCUGAACUGGAACUAAGCCGACUGGACGCAACUGGAUUUAUCUUCAGUAUUUGGAAGUUGUAUCUCUUGUGUAGCCACUGACUCUGUGCUCGUCAGGUUUGUGAUUUACCCGACAUUUCCUGAACUAAAUAUCUACGUAAUCAAAAUCAAAUGAGCUGUUUUGAACUGUUCUUCUUUCCCUUUGCAGAUUUUCCUUUCUAAGGAUCUGUCUGCCACGAUGCUGCUGUCCUGGAACUCUGUGAAGCAGCACCUGGAGGAGACGGCCUCCCAGGCCUUAGACGUUUUCACCACCGGUGAAAGGACGACCUGGAGGAGGACCGUCCUCCUCCUCCUCACCUGCAUCACGUCGAGCCUCCUGCUCGGCUCCCUGCUCCUCCUCUACCUCCUCUUCGCUGUGGAUUAUGAAGUGGAAGUCGCAGGUGGCAUUACGGUCUGCUUCGGGGUUUCACUAACCGUUGCCCUUUUCGUUUCAACCAGAGCGAGAUGUCUGGGGACUCUGUUUGUCGUUUCCAUUUUCAUGAAGAAGAGCCGGAACCUGCUGCUGACCGCCGGAACGAGUUUAGUCGUUCUUAAAAACGUCCGCAACACUCUGCGGAACCUGACCCGCCUGACGGGGAGCAUGAUCUGCAACCUGAAGGCAAAGAAAGAAUCCGUCGUCGCUCCAUUUAGCAACUAUGUCAAGAUGCUGGAGUGGAUCGGAGGCGUCCUCAAAGGGGUCACCGACCUGGGAGUUGUCAACCUUGACUCAAAGCUGAAGGUUUCGCCGAGAAUAGAGUCGGACGUGUUGAGGUUGAGGCUGAGCGAGGCCGAGCAGAGGCUGAACGAGACCGUAAGGUAUUUUCACGGCGUCAUGGAAACGGUCUCCUCGGUGACGGACAAGAUGCUAACCGCCGUCAGCUUCCUGGUGCUGUUCAUGUUCAUAGCUGUGCGCAUCAGAAAGUACCGCAGCGACAUGAAGUACGAGAACAGCUUCAUCAGCGCGCGGUUUGUCGAGUUUGACGAGAAGCAGAAGGCCGAAGGGAAGCCUCACGUUCUCCCGCUCACCCCGAAGGAGGAGAGGCGCUACGCCGCCAUUCCCUCGGUGCGUCCCACCAGCAGCGAGGGGAAAGCCAUGCUGAAGUUCGGAGCUCCGGUAAUCUCCCACUUUGUGACCUGGGCCCUUUUCAUAGCGGUGGACGCCUUGCUGUACUGCUUUGUUGAUAUUGUUACCAAGAAAUUAACGGAGCUGAAGCCAUUUCAUGUGCCCCUGAUGAUCAGCUUCAAAGGGAUUGCGACCUUGAUAGGCAUACAGAUUGAAGAAGAAAACCGUCAAAAGGAUUUUUCCUACUCCGUGACUUUGUUUGAGAGGAAGUGUCUCCCUGAACCCGAGCUGCUGUUGUCUAACUCUGUGCUGCCGCUGAGCGCCAUCCUCAUCACCCUGAUCAUUAUGGCUCUGAUGGCUUCCAAAGUCUCCCAGCUCAGACUGAUGGUCUGCGAUCGGUUCUUUUCCGAUGCCAGCAAUGCAAGGGUGGAGUUCCUGCAUCGCAAGAUCCUGAGAAAAAGAUUGCAAACGAACAAGAAAGAAAAUGAAGGCAGCAUUAUGUCAUUUAUUCUAAAGCUACGUUUCUGGUGUCCGAUGUUCUUCCGGCCCAAAGAUGAGCCUCAGAGUAUUGCUUAAAGAUAUGGUUCUGUUUACCCAUAAUGCUAUCACGUUCAAUCAGUCGCAGGUUUGUUUAAGACACUGACUGUUUUUAAUUUUUUUAAAAAUGGUCCAUCUUCAGGAUGGAAGAAACACGGAUCAUGGUAUUUAAAGAAUACAUUUGUGUGGAUGCACAAAACCUGGAAUCAACUAUGUUUUCUCCUGGUUAAGAUCAGGAAUGCUCUGAUCUGACCCAACGUAUCGACUGGAGAUCGAAAUCAAGACUUUUCGAUGACAAACCUCGACCUCCAUGACUCAUUCAGCAGGUCCAGUGGUCUAUGUUCUUGUUAACUGCACCUCCAGAGAGCCAUGUGUCCCAUGUGAGGCCGGAUGUUUAAAGCAACAACUGAGAACACUACACUAAGUGCCGUACACAUUACUUUGUCGCUCUACCAAGGCUGGGUCUCUAGAUGACACCAGGAGCUGCUCCAGCUCCUGGUCUGUGUCAUGUGACUGCGCUAUGUUGUGUUCAGGUUCCUCUGGCUAUUUGAGAGGAGCUGCACAGAGAGCAACUCAAACACUUGUUUUGGAAUUGUAUCAUGUUCGAUGCAAAGCACUACGUUUCUAAAGCAGGAGUUCAACUUUUUCCUGUAAGUUAUUAUUAUUAUUUUUUUACAGUGAACAACGAUGAAAAGUGUUACAAACUGUCGGAUCAGCAAGUCAAAUCAAAACAGAGCGCAAACAAGCUAAAGGUAGCUUCAGUACAUCACCGACAGGAGCAAGAUGUGAGAUCAUUGCAGAUCACUGAAGACUGUAUAAUGAGAAGACUGUAUAAUAACACACUUUACAGCAUAUUGUCUGUAGCUAGCUAUUCUCACCAAAAUAAACUACGUGGGCCAGCACAUUGUUGACAGUAUGUUUCUGUCUGGCAGAAACUACGGUUCGGACAAAAUAUGUUCAUAGUCAAGGAAAACUGCUACUCCAGUGCCCAAAACUUUAUUGGUGAGUGAGUUAAGUAGAAAACAAUUACAUUAUGUUGACUGACACACUGAUAGAAUAGAAUAUCUUUAUUUUACAGGAACUUAGCAUUGCUGGAAAUUGACCAGAGUUUGCCAAA